CAAACCCGCACACACACAUACACACACACUCAACACAAACUGCGUGAACUCUCUCAAUCGCUUCUCACGUUUCCGCCAUGGAUCUCACCUCGCUCGAACUCAUCUCCGAUAUCGGAACUCAACUCGCUCAACGAACUCGUCCGAACAAGGACUUCAUCGUCAAAUCUCUUCGCGAAGCUGCAAAUGCUUUGUCUACGUUAGACCAGUCUCCUCAGCCACGAACAGCCAAAGAAGUAAAAGCUAUGAAGAAACGAGAAGAUGCUCUGAAGCCAUUGAUAGAUGCUGUGGUUUGUGGCGGUCUUCUUCAGCAUGGGGAUAAGGAUGUCAAGCUUCUUGUUGCCCUUUGCGUCACUGAAUUAUUUCGAAUCAAGGCUCCUGAACCUCCUUUUGAAGACAAGCAUUUGAGGGAUGUAUUUAAACUCAUUAUUGGUUUGUUUGCGGAUCUGGCCGACACUAAAAAUUCAUUAUUUUCAAAGAGGGUUAAAGUAUUGGAUACUGUGGCUCAAUUGAAGUGUUGCUUAUUAAUGCUGGAGAUUGACUGCAUAGACCUUGUUCUCGAGAUGUUCAACGUUUUCUUCUCAGCUGUGAGGGAUCAUCACGAUAAGAGUUUGAUUAAUGCCAUGUCUUCUAUUAUGAUAACCAUUUUGAAUGAGAGCGAGGAAGCUUCUCAGAAACUAUUAGAAGUGAUUUUACGAAAUCUUAUAAAGCGAAAAAAAGAUCCAACUUGUGCUUCUUAUCAACUUGCUGCAUCAGUAAUUAGUACUUGUGCGCAUGAGGAUGAGCUGAACACCCUAGUUUGCAGGUUUUUAUCUUCUUGUAUUUAUGACAGAGACGCCGUGGGCUGCGGGCUUAAAGAAUUUUACCAUGAAAUUAUCUUUCAAGUUUUUAAGUGUGCGCCUCAUAUGCUUCUUGCAGUCAUUCCCAGCUUAAUUGAAGAAAUAUCGGCUGAUCAGGUUGAUAUUCGGUUAAAAGCUGUUAGUUUGGUGGGGAAACUUUUUACACUUUCUGAACACCAUGUUGCACAGAAGUUUCAUGAUCUUUUUGUGGAGUUUUUGAAUAGAUUUUCUGAUACGUCUGUGGAUGUAAGAAUUAGUGCUUUACAAUGUGCCAAAGCUGUCUAUGUGGCGAAUCCUUUUGGGAGAGAAUCACUUGAAAUCAUCUCUUCUGUUGAAGGCCGAUUAUCUGACUUUAAUGAACGAGUGAGGAUGCAGGCGGUUGUUGUUGCCUGUGAUAUUUGCAGUUCAAACCUGAUGUUUGUUCCCUUGAAACUAAUGGCUGAAGUCUCUGAAAGACUUUGGGAUAAAAAGGAAUCUGUUAGGAAGAAGGCCUCACAGAAGUUGAUGGAAAUAUAUCGAGAUUACUGUAAGAAAUGUUGUGAAGGAAGCAUGGCCAUUAAUGAUCACUUUGAAGCGAUUCCAUGUAAAGUUUUGAUGCUUUGCUAUGAUAAGGAUUGCAAGGAGUUCAGAUCCCAGAGCAUGGAAUUGGUUCUUGCUGAUAAUCUAUUUCCCGAGCAUCUUUCUGUUGCGGAAAGGACAAAGCACUGGAUACACAUGUUUUCUCUUUUCAGUCCUCUUCAUGAAAAGGCACUGAAUACUAUUUUGGUACAAAAGAGAAGGUUGCAGAAUGAGAUGAUAAACUAUUUGGCAAUACGGAAGAAAUUAAAGGAAACUCAUGCUGAAGAAACACAGAAGAAAAUUGAAAGCGUGUUCACAAAAAUGGUUGCAUCUUUCUCAGAUUCCGACAAACCAAAAGAGUGCCUUCACAAGUUAAACCAAAUCAAAGAUAAUAACUUGUUUAAAUCUCUUGAAAAAUUAUUGGAAGAACCAACUUUCACAAUUGGACAAACCAUCAAAGAUGGACUUCUUGUAAAGAUUGGAGACAAAAAUCCAAAUUAUGAGUUUUUACGUUCACUCUUCUCUAAAUGUUCAUCUAACAUUUUCAGCUCAGAGCACGUCCAUUGUGUUUUAGAUUAUCUUUCCAAUGAUGACGGUGGAUUUAAGGAUUCUUCUGUAAAUCUUCUGCUGACUAUUGUUAGAAUUUUCCCCUCAAUGCUGAAAGGCUCGGAGAAGCUGGUUCAAAUGGUGUUGGAGCAUACAAGUCCUGUAAAUGACAAGCUGAUUGAGAUUAUAGCGAUGGCAGGUCAUAGCGUUUCUUUCAAUCUGAGUGGUAUGUAUACAUUUCUAGAGAGAAUGUGCUUACAUGGAACUCGCAAACAAGCCAAAUUUGCAGUAUCUGCUAUUGUCUCCUCGAGUUCUGAACAUUCAGUUGUCUCAAAAUUAUUUGAGAGACUAAUUUAUUCUUUCAAUAGCCAAUGGAAUGUCCCAACCAUUAUGCGAAAUAUGGGUUACACCGUACAAUGCUCUGUUUCAGCUUUUGAAACUCAAGUAGAAGAGAUCACAUCAUAUAUAAGCCAAAAGAUUAUUCAAAUGGAGUCUUUGGAUGAUGACGAUCUGUCAUCCUUGUAUGGAACCCCUCAGCGCAGAAAACUUGGUCAAUUGAAGUGGAAUGUCCCAACAAUUUUACAAUCUCUGGGAUGCAUCGCACAAUGCUCUGUUUCAGAUCUUGGAUCUCAAAUUGAAGAGAUCACAUCAUAUAUAUGCCAGAAGAUUAUUCAAAUGGAGUAUUUGGAUGACAAUGAUCUGACCUCAUUGCAUGAUACAUCUCAGUGCAGCAAAUCUUGCCAAUUGAAGAUUUAUGCGCUGAAAACACUAGUGAAGAGUUUUUUGCCUUACCAAGGGAAUCACACGAAGCAGAACAUUAAUGGACUCUUGGAUAUUUUGUCAAGAAUGCUACGGGAAAAUGGUGGUUCUGUUGAUAGGUAUACAGGCUUGUGUGAAAACGAUAAGGCUCAUAUCAGAUUAGCUGCUGCAACAGCAAUUCUUCGUCUUGCUAAGAAGUGGGAUUUAUAUAUAGAUCCAGAAAUUUUCCGCUUCACCAUGUUGAUUGCAAAGGAUCCUUCUUCUUUUGUUAGGAGAAAAUUUCUCAGUAAAACUCAGAAAUUGUUGAAGGAGCAUAAACUACCUAUCAGGUUUGCUUGUGCUUUUGCACUGGCGGUGACUGAGAGCAUUGAUGAUCUGCGGUUUCAAAACUAUAAACAUAUGGCAGAGUUUAUUAAGGAUUACAGUAUAGCAGCUUGCAAACGACAACCUUCUUCUGUUGAAGGAGCAAUCGUUGAUUACCCUGAAUAUGUUUUGGUGUACUUGAUUCAUGUGCUUGCUCAGAUUAACGACUUUCCUGAAGCCUAUCAAAAUGAAGAAGUGUAUGCUGACAUUUGUAGUCCACUCUUCUUUCUCCUGCAGGCAUUGGUUGAUAUCAGUAAUGCUGAUUGUCACCGGGAGCUUGUUAAUGAUGCUGUCUCGUAUAUAUUUAGCAUUUUUCAAGCAAUCAGAAAAGCCGAGGAUUCUGUUGAUGCACAGAUGACCAGUAAGCUGCACAAGCUGGUUGAAAUUGGUCUAUUUACUUUAAAUGCAUUAAGUCCCGGAGAAAUUUCUGUAUCACAAGCCCCACGACAAAUUUUGAUUCCUUUGUCGUUGUAUAGAGCGAGUCUCACCAAGGAUGAUGCUAAUUCAAAAAUUCCAAAGUGCUUUUUUGAUGAAGGUUUUCUAAGUAGAGUCUUUGACAUGCUUAAAAACUCCUGUGCCUCUCGGACCUAUGCACCUAAGCCUGCAAAAACACUUCAUAAACCUGCUCUCAAGGGUCAACAGGAUCUCCCAAGAUCCAAAAUGAAUAUUUGCAGUAAGCUCGACUUGGUUUCUAGCAAACCAGACAGUUUCCCAAGUAGAGAAAUAACAAAUACUAAAACUGUGAAGCAAAAUAUAUCUUCAGAGAAAAGGAGAAAACAAGUGCCUCCGUCUGAUUCUGGAUCAGUUGGUUUGCAUGAAUGCUCUACAAUUGUGAAGCAGCAAAAAUUGCCAUCAAAACAAGUUGAAAACACCUCUGAAAGAAACCGGCUUUCAUCUAGUGAUUCUGUGAGCUGUAAGGGUUCUCUGGUUGAAUCACGUGUGCUGACCCAUAAGUCCAAAAGAGAUGCCACUUGUUUAUUGGAGAAUGCUGUGACAAGUAGUAAACAUACUGUUCAACUUUUCAAAUGCCCUAGAAACAACUUCAAAGAUACAUGUGGCUCUAAGGCACGAUUUCCAAUGGCAGAUGUUUCAAAUAAAAAUAUUAUCUCCCACUGUGAUCCUAGUGAGCUUUCUUCUCUCAGUAGUAUAAAGCAAACUACUGUUACAACAGGAUGCCUAGCAGCCAAAGAGGGAACAUCAUUGUCCAAAAAUAAGCUUGGUGCAGCAAGUGUGGAUGGAAGCGAAAAGUGUACCGAGACAAUAACCUCAGAAGGUGUCAAUACGUGCAGAUACCCUGUUAAAAGAACAAGACGGAAAGUAUAAAUAUCAUGCAGUGUUCCCAGCUUCAAUUGCUAAAUAUCAUGUGAUUAUGCCGCUCCAUGCAGUAACUUCUGACUAGUGAAAGGAUUGGAUCAGCAAUCUUGCAAAGUUCUGUAAAUUAUAGCAGCUUGCUGGAUAAAGACAUUUUAAAAAAUAGUUACUCUAGGUUAUAAGUCAAAUGUAUUUAAAUACAGUUUCUCAAUUACUAACCAAAUUGUAUAUAUCUUUCUCUGAAAGGAUAUAUACAGUUUGUUUUCCUCAUUUCUUUCAACCUGUUACAGGCACUGACCUCUGUCUUCUGCUGAAGCAGAACUAAUACAGGCUAGUACUUAUUUUUAUAUUAACCCCCACCCCAAAACACACUGAUAAAUGCUUGGAAGGGUUACAUACAUCGGUUAAUAGUUCAACUAAUUGACUUCUAUA